AUGGCUUCAGUGGAGCUGGAGACCAUUACGCGGCACUACGCCUCACUGCGCGAAGCCCAAUCCCGGCUGAACGGCUGCCGGACCUCUGUCAACGAACUAGCACCUACAAAGAACGCUUCUGUCGUCCUCCCUCUCAUUCCCCUCCUGCCGCUCGCCCUAGGUGACGAGAUUCUUGUUCCCUUAACUCAAUCUCUGUACGUCCCUGGCACUAUAAGCGACGCGGACAAGGUCCUUGUGGACGUGGGCACCGGCUACUACAUCGAAAAGACACUACCUAAGGCGAAAGAAUACCUGGAGAAAAAGAUUGCCGUCAUCAACACAAAUGCGGAGUCCGUCGCACAGGUCCUGACGCAGAAGGAGAAGUCUCUGCGCAUGGUGUCCGGGUACUUUCAAAAGAAACUGAUGGUGAUGAGCCAGACGAGCCAAGCACGGCAAGCGCAACGGGCGGCGCAGGGGAUGUCGUAGAACAGAUACAGGACCAGGGGAGGGAGGGAGGGAGGAAGGGAGG